AUGCUCGCUGGACUCAACUGCACUACGGGGUGUCUCGAUGAUGUUCUGGUCGGCGGAGUCGACGAAGCAGACCAUUGGCGCAACCUUCAAGCCGUCCUUCGUCGAAUUCAGGAGUUCACCAUCAAUGCGGAAAAGUGCUCGUUUGGCCAGCGUCAAAUCAAGUAUCUGGGACACCUCAUCGACGGGCAAGGUUUGCAUCCGGAUCCAGCGAAAGUUGAAUCUAUCUCCAACAUGUCAGCGCCGACAGACGUUUCUGGAGUUCGAUCGUUUCUGGGAGCGAUCAAUUACUACGGGAAAAUCGUCCCGAGUAUGCGUACGUUACGAUAUCCGCUGGAUGAGCUUCUCAAAACCGACAAGAAGUUCGUCUGGUCAGUGGAAUGCGACAAGGCCUUCUCCACCUUCAAGCAGAUUCUCACCUCAGAUUUGCUUCUGACGCACUACAACCCGCAACGCGAGAUAGUGGUAGCAGCGGAUGCGUCAUCGGUUGGAGUUGGUGCGACCAUUAGCCACAAGUUUCCAGACGGGUCGAUUGAGGUCGUGACCAAGUUCCACAAGAUGCUGUUUGGUCGGAGCUUCACACUACAAACUGAUCACGCUCCACUUCUUCGGAUCUUCGGGUCGAAAAAUGGCAUCCCAGUCUACACGGCGAACCGGCUACAACGUUGGGCUUUACAGUUGGUGCUCUACGACUUCAACAUUGUUUACGUAAACACGACGAAAUUCGGAAACGCCGAUAUCCUGUCCCGGUUGAUCGAUCAACACGUCAAGCCAGAGGAAGACUUCGUCGUAGCCAGCAUCAUCACGGAGAACGAUGUAAGAUCCAUUGCAUUAGAUGCAGUUAACGCACUUCCUCUCAGUUUCAGGGCAAUACAGCACGCCACCCGUUCCGACCCUGUACUUAGCAAGGUUUACCGCUUCGUUCAGCAAGGUUGGCCACAGUUAAAAACGGCCAUUUCGGACCAUGAGAUCCAGCUAUUCUUCAACCGAAGUGAUUCACUAUCUACGGUUCAAGGGUGCGUGAUGUUUGCCGAACGUUUAGUGAUUCCGACCGAUUCCCGGAUACGUUGCCUCCAUAGUGGUCAUCCGGGCAUCCAGCGCAUGAAAGCGAUUGCGCGCAGCUUCGUUUACUGGCCGUCUAUCGACUCGGAUAUCGCUGCGCAUGUCAAAGCGUGCCAUCACUGCGCAGUUGCAGCCAAGAGUCCGCCCAAAGCACCGCCGCUGUCGUGGCCCAAGUCAACGUAUCCAUGGCAGCGCGUCCACAUCGACUACGCUGGGCCUAUCGAGGGAGAGUAUUUCCUGCUUAGCGUCGAUUCGUACUCGAAAUGGGUGGAAAUCGUCAGAACCAAGUCGAUAACAGCCACUGCAACCAUCGGAAUCCUACGAAGUCUCUUCGUUCGCCUUAGUAUGCCAGAAACGCUAGUCAGCGACAACGGUACGCAGUUCACCAGUGCCGAGUUCGCACAAUUCUGCCUCGAGAACGGUAUCGAACCACACCAAACCUGUCAGCACCUGUCGGAAUGCUCCGAUGAAUCCAUUUUGGUAGGUUGGGAGUGUCACAGCAACAGUAAGGUGAUUAGAAUUCUAGAUCACUACCGGGUUCAGUUCACCACGCCUCUGUGGUCGUGCUUCUUUUAG